CCAUGGCGGUUGCGGUGGACGUCCAGACGGAGGGCCUCCGGCAGCUGGAGCGCGCCGAGCGGCUGGUGGAGCUGGGCAGUAGCGGGCCGCGGAACCGGCGGACGGCGGUUCACAAGUCUUUGGAGCAGCUUUUUGGUGAGGCACGUGCAAGGUCGCAGGGCUACAGCAGCGCCUUCUCAUCGCUACCUCGGUUGCUGCAGAGCCCUCAAGCGCAACGCCUGGAGAGGGACGUGGCGGACUUCACCUUGGCGCCACAGGCUAGCACCAAACAGGAGGAUGCCGACCCCUCAGUGGGGCUGCAAGAAUUCUUUGGUUUUCGACAUGAGCGCGUCAUCGUGGAGGCGGUAGAGGAGAGCUACAGAGACUGCCUGAGAUGUUGUGAGCGACAUUCCUUUGAUCGGCUUCAAGCAGAUUGGGAAGAAGCGAAGGGUCAGUUCUUGCAGAAUCUGCAGCGCUUGGGCGAAAAUUCGGCUGUCCUCGCCCUGUGCUCCGAUGGCAGUACUGUGGGCGCUCAAGCUGCUAUUCCACCUCUUCAAGAUGCUCCAAUCAUUGAUGCACUUCUGAGUGAACCUAUGAGCCCGCAGUUGGUUCAGAAAAUCGCACAUCUCAGCAGUGCAAGUUGCCCCGCAUAUCAAGCGGAACUCAGAGAGUGUUGGAACAUUUUAGGUCAAGAAUUGAACAUGACCUUGCAGAGCAUCACAGCUGGUGCCAUCAAGUAUCUCCAGACCCGCUUUUUUGAGGAGGUGAAGGGUUUUGUCUACAAUCAUACCGAAGCCUUGGGCGGUAUCCCAGAUGCCUGGUCCAUGGUGAAGGCGCAUGGCCGGCUGAAGUUUCAGACGGCCAGCUUUCCCAGCAAUGUCACCCACGUGUGGUAUGCGGCCUACGUGGCGGCGCGCGCAGGGCUCAGCCAGCUGCUGCUGCAGCUACCUGAGGUGCCGGGGCCGGCGGAGCGCUGCGCCAUGCUGCGGCCCGUGUGUCACCUGCUGGCGCGGCGGAUGCAGGCGGUGCAGCCCGGUGAGAUAGCACCACUGUCGGGCGUGAGCCAAAUCGACUCGGCUGAUUUACUGCGAGCUGAUGUGGAGGAGAGUAGCGGCUUCCAAGACGUCCUGGUCUCGCUGCUGCUGGGCCGAGGCUUCGCCUUUGGCAAACUGCCCGAGGGAACGGUGGAGGACUGGCUGUGGUAUCGACUGCAUUUGGUUCAUUUGCUUGGACAGGAUGACGAUCAAUCACCAGACUUCAAGAAUCACCUGGAAAAACUUCGAAACCAGGCCGCUUCUUUGGGCCCCUCGCACUUCGAGAACAUCGAUGCUGACGGACGGGUACCGGGCGCAGGUGUGAUACCUGGUGUACCUGGUGUGGCCCCUGCUAUGCAAACACUGAACUCAGUCAAGGUUCUGUUGCUCACAGCGCAGUUUGGCCGCGCUUUGCAACAACUCCAACUGCAGGACCGAAGUCUGCGCGGCGUGGCGCUGCACAUGGCCUUGCUGCUGCGGCGCGCUGGCACCUUGGAAGCCAUCAAAGUGCUGGAGGCGCCCAUGGACGUCUCAGCCUUCCUGUGCGACUACGCCUCCAACUUCGCUGCCCGGGAGCAGCUGCAGUACUUCCGCGCCUUGGAGGUCUCCGAACGCGUCCAGGCGCUCCAGCGCUUGCUGCUGAGUGGUGCAGCAGGUGAUGAACUUUUAGGCUACAUCGACCCAAACGGUCGGCACCGGCCUGGCUUGCUGGAACAAAGCCUACAGGAAGAUGGCAUGGGCGAUCGCUCGGAGUUUGUAGAGCUCUGUUCCAAAGCAGGACGUCAAGCCUGUGAGCAGGGCCAGUAUCGAGAAGCCAUUCGCUUGCUCCACCUGGGGAGGUGCUACAGCGAGGUGCUGCAGGUCUUGUGUCGUUGUCUUUGUUUGCCCAUCUGGCGCGAGGGACACGACAACAACGAGGCGAUGAGUUUGGCUCAAGACAUCCAGCGCUUCUUCGACAUCUAUGAGCGAAACUUGGAUCGUUAUGCUCUCUCCUCGCAAGUGUGGGCCGUUGCAAGGAAGCUUUAUGCCACAAGGAUGUUCCACAGCUUUUGCGACCGAGGGGAACCCGAAAAUGCUCUUGACAUCUUUGACCGGGAACAAUUGCUGGCGUUGGGAACAGAGAGCGCAGAGGCUUCUGAAGAAAUCUGGGCUGAAUAUCCUCGAAUCGUUGCGGACUACAUCCGUGUCCUGAGCCAUGCGGCGGCCCGGGGCGCCAUGGCGAACUACGCCCUGCACGAACGGCUGCGGCAGCUGCAGUGCUUCCUGGCGCGGAACCGCUUGGUGUUGGACCAGGAGACCCAUGCGGCACUCGCCAAACUGGGCCUAUGCUGCUGAGAUCUGCUGAGAUCUGAGACAGCUACGUUAGUGGCUGCGAAGAAAACGAUAUGCUUUGGGUAGUCAGGUGAUGUCAGGUGUUUCUGUCUGUCAAGUGGCUCUUGAAGUUGGGGUCAGAAUAUUCCCAAUGUUUUCGAUAGAAUGUGGGAAUCAUAUGGAUAGAUUCAC